ACAAUGUUACAAAAUUCUAUAUCCAUUGCCUACUUGACUUCAAAUUUAUAUUUUCAUUUAAAGUUACAAGUUCAAGUACAUUGCUUUUGCAAACAUACUUCUUGUAAUUUUUUGUAUAUAAAAAAAACAUUUUUUUCGCGUAAUUUCAUAAAAACUAAACAAUUUUCUGUGCCAAUAUAUUAAGUAAGCUUUUUUUUAUAUAAAAUUAUUUAAAAUUAAUUGUCGGCAAUAUGUCUAUUAAUGUCAUCGUGCCAUUUAUAUCAUUUUAUGUUCGAAGAAUAGAGAAACAGGUAGAUAACAUAAUUUAAAUAUUUAUAUACGAUAAAUAUAAAUAUCAAUCAUUAAAGAAAAUAUUUGCAGUUUUUAAAUCGUGCUUCUGCCACUAUUCAACAAACUCGAAAUCUACAAAUUCAUGAAAAUCUUGCUUAUACUUUAUUGAAAGAUGCUGGAAUUCCAACACCACCGUUUGGAGUAGCUAAAACUCCAGAAGAGGCAGAAAAAAUAGCAGCGAAUCUUAAUACAAAAGAUAUUGUUCUAAAAGCUCAAGUUCUUGCUGGAGGACGUGGAAUAGGACAUUUCAAGGAUACCAAUGUCAGGGGUGUUGUUAUGUGCGAAAGUCCCCAAGAAGCUAAAACUGUGGCUAGUAGUAUGAUAGGCAAAUUAUUAAUAACUAAACAAACUGGACCGGCUGGUAAAAUUUGUAAUUCAGUAAUGGUAACGACACGUAUGUUUCCACGUAAAGAAUAUUAUAUGUCAGUAAUGUUGGAAACCACUUUUGAUGGUCCUGUUAUAAUCGUAUCUAAGCAAGGCGGUGUAAAUAUCGAAGAUAUUGCUGCUACGAGUCCGGAAGCUAUAUCGUAUACGCCAAUAGAUAUUAUGAAAGGUUUAACACUUGAACAAAUAAAUAAAAUUGUGGAUAAUUUAGGUCUUGAAGGAGAAGGAAAAAAAAUCACCUCGAUAAUUAUUUGCAAUCUCUAUGAGUUAUUUAUUGAAAAAGACGCUCUGUUACUUGAAAUUAAUCCAUUUGCAUUAGACAUUUGUGAAGAAUAUUUUGCUUUAGAUUGUAAAUGUUCUUUUGAUGAUAGCGCAGAGUUUAGACAGAAGGAAUUAUUUAAUUUACAAGAUAUAUCACAAAUUGAUCCUAGUGAGCUUCAUGCAACUAAAUUUAAUUUAAAUUACAUACAUUUGGAUGGAAAUAUAGGAUGUUUGGUAAAUGGAGCUGGAUUAGCAAUGGCUACUAUGGAUGUAAUAAAAAUGAAUGGCGGUUUCCCAGCUAAUUUUUUAGAUGUUGGUGGUUCUGCUACUAAAGAAGCAGUAACAGAAGGUUUUAAAAUAAUACUAUCUGAUCCAAAUGUACUUAUAAAUUUAAAAGUAAUUAAAAUAAAUUUUUUAUUCAAAAAUAAAAUCAAUAUAAAAUUCAUUAAAAUCUUUAGGUAG